AUGCCUCUGUACGACUUGGUGUUACAGGUGAAAGCGAGAGUCCCGAAGCGCGAAGUCUUCGAGUUACUCAAGCGAACGUCCUUGAAAAUUUUAGACUCGGACGGGGUGUUGAUGGACGUGAAAUCUUUCGGGCACCAAACGUUAGCGUACGUGUAUAAGAAACCGAACGAGAGGCACCACGAGGUACAAAUGUCGCAGAUGACGUUCGCGUCGGCGCCGAACGUUUUGCCGGAGAUAUCGCACGCGCUGAGGGUGGACGAGAAAGUCGUUCGGUGGAUGGUGUUGAAGAGGAAGAGGAAGAUGGAGCCGCUGAUUAAGUACAAGGCGUGGACGGAAGAGCAAAGGGCGGCGAUGAUUGAAAGCAGCAGGGAGAGCGAGAGUAGCCGCGACAGGGGGCGAGAGAGCGGCGGCGGAGGAGGAGGACGGCGGCGGUUUUAG